UCGCAGGUUUUGCUGGGCUGUGUGCUGGUGAACCUUGUGUAUGCCAAACAGGGACAGAAGCGAAUAUGUGAGACCAGUUUGACCAUUUCCACUGACUUUCAAGCAAUGUCUCAGGCAGAAAACACAGAUGGGAAUGGCAACAUCCAUAACCGCUCGCUAUCAGCAUGGACCUGGAUACCAAAGUUUUCCUCAAACAGAAUACCACAAGUCAUCUUUGAAGCCCAGUGCAAUACAGAGUAUUGCAAAUAUCCCAACAGUGAUGUGGAUGAGAGACUUAACUCUGUGCCUUUAUAUCAGGAAAGACUGGUGUUGAUACAAGAUACGCAAGACAGAAAGUGUUUCAGGGCGACUUUUGAGAAUUUUAUAGUGGGCUGUACAUGUGUAUGGGCCAAAACAUCCUAAAAUCCCUCUGUUUGCUGGAUUGAAUUGAUGUGACAAAACUGAGACUACUUCACGUAUUUCAAAACAAAGAGUAAAGUUAUGUGUUUUGUAAUUCAUUUAGCAAGCACUUGCCUUUACUAAAGUAUGUAUAUGAUUGAAAUAUGAAAAUAUGAUUUUUGUCAUAGUUGUAUUUAACUUUAGCCAAAUUAACACAUAGCCAAUUUCUGUUAAUGAUCCUCUUUUAUGUAGGCUAGGUAACCAAACGCAAUCAGAAAGAUUUCAUUUGCAGAAUGGACAAUUAUAUGAACAAUUAUAUACAAUACAGACAAGUACAAGAUAUUGUAGAUAUACGUGAAUGACAAUGCUCGUGCCUUUGACAAUAAAGUGUUUUAAAGUGUAUAUUGUUAAAGGCUUUCAUUUGCACCACUGCACCUGCAGAGACAGUAGAAAGUGAGUAUCUGAAGUUUGGGGAAUGUCAAAGAAACUUGCUAUAAUGGCAUGUUUUACGACGUGCAUGUAGGGAUGUGGUCUUUGCAAAUCAUAGUGUCUGCAAAACUACCAUAACAACUAAACUUGUUGUUAAAAACAAACCGUUUAACUUGGCAAACAAAGUUUCCUGCAUUCUGGAGGUCUCCUAAUGAGGGCGGGAAACUCCAAAACGAGGUGGGACCUUCAAAAUGGGCGUGGUUUCCUCCCAAUAGACACGACACGUCUAACCUCGUGUAUUUUCCUAACCCGCUCCUUUUGGAGGCUUGGCA